AAUAAAAUAGAGAGAUUAAUUGAAAACUUUAAAAAAAGAAAAAGAAAAGAAAGGAGCUUUAAUUUGCUUUUCCUCUCAAUUCCUUUUUCUUUCUUUCACUUCAAUUGGUUGCAUUGAAUGAUCUUUUUGCUUUGCUCCCAUGGGGAAACUCUCCAAGCUCACACCUAUCAUCUCCAUCUUCUGCAUAUUCUUCUUUAUUUAUCAUAUCAUUAUCACAGUAUCUUCUUCGACACCUCCUCGUUACAUCGCUGUUGAGGAUAUUACCCUUGACUGUGGCAGUGAAACUUCAGGCGAGUCGGAGGGCAUGGAUGGGCGCUACUGGAGCGGAGACUUUCAGUCCAAGUUCUUUCCCAAAGAAGAGCAUAAUCUCGAAUCUGUUACCAUUCAAACUCCUAUAGAACGCACAGUUAUAGCCCCCUACACAACAGCACGUGUAUCUUAUUCUCAAUUCACGUACGUGUUUCCACUCACUGUUGGCUCGAAAUUUGUUCGGUUGCACUUUUACCCUGCCUCUUACUCAGGUUUUCAGGAGUCUGAGGACAUUUUCACUGUCAAAGCAGGUUCGUUCACCUUACUUAGAAACUUCAGUGCUUCCAAUCAUGGUGAUACCAUGAGAAAAAAUAUUGUAAAAGAGUUCUGCAUCUACGUUGACGAAGUGAAUAAAAAAUUGAAUAUAACCUUCGUCCCUUUUUCAGAUACUACUUCUAGUAAUUUCUAUGCUUUCAUUAAUGGAAUUGAGAUUGUCUCCAUGCCUAAAGACCUGUACUACAGUCCUGAAGGUCAAACUCGAAGUGAGACUCCUUAUGAUAGCAAAAGUCAUCGGUUCUACAUAAACUACAACAUGGCACUCCAGAUGGUUUUUCGAUUAAACGUGGGUGGGAGCUUGAUAUUACCUGCAGAAGACACUGGCUUCUUUAGAGAAUGGUCCGAGGAUAUAAAUUAUUUCGUCCAUGAAAGUUAUUUCAACGGUGAAAGCGUAGUCCUUCACAAUCCAUCUUUGAUGCCAAACUACUCAAAAAUAGAAAAUUACACUGCAACAGAUGAUGUCUAUCGAUCUGCAAGGACCGGUGAUUAUUUGGAUUGGGAAUUACCAGUUGAUUCGGGAUUCAAUUACCUGGUGAGACUCCAUUUCUGUGAAAUAGGCCUCGAAGUAAGCCUCAUUAGCCAAAGGUCAUUCCAAAUAGAAAUAGACAAUAACUCAGCUAAAGAUGAUGCUGAUGUAAUAUGGUUGACUGGCAAUCGCGAUACGCCUAUUUACAAAGAUUAUGUAGUACUAUCAAAAGAAGAAAAGGUUGAGGACAACAAUAAGAUUCUCUCCAUUGAAAUAUACACCAAUCAUAUUUACCCGAGUGCCAUUUUAAACGGUGUGGAAUUGUUCAAAAUAAUCAACCCAGAAGGGCCAGAACAUAACCUUGCCAGACCCAGUCCUGCCUCGUCAGCCAACAAUCCCAAAACAAAUAAAACAAUAUUCCUUGCCAUUGGAAGUCUGGGCUUCUUAGUGGUACUCACUUCACUGAGUUACAUGGUUCAACUAAAGAAAUUCACGUGCUGGAGUGAUCCAUACAGAGGAAAGUCACAAAGGGCAAAGGCCUUGUCAUUGCCCGAAGAACUAUGCCGCCACUUCUCACUAAAUGAAAUCAGAACAGCAACCAACAACUUCCACAAAGAACUAAUUAUCGGCCAAGGUGGUUUUGGCAAUGUAUAUAAGGGUCUCCUUGACGAGGGUACAUUGACUGUGGCAAUCAAGCGCUUGAACCCCGAAUCUCAACAAGGUGCGCGAGAGUUCAAGACUGAGAUCAGGAUGCUUUCCCAGCUUCGCCAUGUCCACCUUGUCUCUCUCAUUGGAUACUGCAUCGAUGAGGGUGAGAUGAUCCUUGUCUAUGGCUACAUGAGAAAUGGGACCCUAAGUGCUCGUCUCUUCGACACCAACAAUGAUCCUCUCACAUGGAAACAAAGGCUCGAGAUAUGCCUCGGGGCGGAACGUGGUUUGCACUACCUCCACACAGGCAUGAAGAACCCAAUUAUCCACCGCGAUGUGAAGACGACAAAUAUUUUAUUGGACGAGAAAUGGGUGUCUAAGGUUUCGGAUUUUGGGUUGUCCAAAAUGGGUUUGAAUAACACUGCUGUUAGUACCCUAGUUAAGGGAACAUGGGGGUAUUUGGAUCCAGAUUAUGCAAGGCGUCAGCAACUAACAGAUAAAUCUGAUGUGUACUCAUUUGGUGUGGUGAUGUUUGAAGUGUUAUGUGGCCGAAAGGCAUUGAAUACAAAACUCGAACAUGAGCAAUGGCAUUUGGCCAAUUGGGCUCGGAAAUGCAUUGAAAAAGGGACCAUUGAUCAGAUCAUUGAUCCCUAUCUAAAGGGUAAGAUAGCACCAGAGUGUUUCAAAGUGUACGUGGAGGUUGCAGAGAGUUGUGUGCGUGAUCAAGGGAUCCAACGACCUAAGAUGAAUGAUGUGAUGGAAAAGCUCGAGUUUGCAUUUGAGCUGCAGCAGAAUGCAGAUGCAGCCCAGGAGGAAAUCAAUCCCAGUGGUGUAAUUAGCUACCAGGACGUGUUAUCAUUUCGUGUUGUUGAACCCGUCUUGGAAUCAGAUAGUUGUAUUGAGCUAACUACGAGCAACAGUGAAUUGACGAAUCCAAGUCUUGAUUCUGAUGGUAUCACUAGCACAGUUUGAGACGUCUUUAAAGACAACUG